GCAAUUUCCUAGAAUAUACAUAAUCUUUAUUUCUUUUACCAAGCAACAUGUUAAAAGUACAGCCAAUUCAGUGGUUACGAUAUCGCACACGAUUUCAGUUACCUCAUUCCUAUCAACCAUUUAUUCGAUCAACAGCCAAAUUAAUUUUCCCUUUGACGAACCCUUUAAGUCGCAGCAUUGGCACACAAACUGAGAAUAUAGAAACUGAUUCCCAUUUGCAACAAAGUCCCACAAUAAAAACAAUACCAGAACCUUCUAUUAAAGCUGCUUUUCAAGACUUACUCGGAGUUACAUCUCCAGAAGCUAAUACUCAUGAUGAUUUAAAGAAUACUUUUUAUCAAAGAGAAUUACCAAAGACAUUAGUACGAUUUGCUUCCCCUGAGGGAAAGAAACUGUUUAGAGAAGCUAUGGAUAUUGGUCAUGCAGAAGGAUUUUUUCCAUUAACUGGUAAUUUUACAACUCAAUCGGAGCCUGCAUUUUGUGGACCUAGUUCUUUGGCUAUGGUAUUGAAUGCAUUGGAAGUAGAUCCUAAAAGAAGAUGGAAAGGCAAUUGGAGAUGGUAUUCAGAUGAGUUUUUGCAUUGCUGCUCUUCAAAAGAAGAAGUGAAAGUAAAAGGUAUUACCUUUGAUAACUUUGCCUGUUUAGCCAAAUGUCAUUGUGAUGUUCAAGUGAAUCGGGCAUUUGAUUUUACCUUUGAAAAAUUUGUGAAGGAUGUUGAAAUGGUAACAUCAACCUCAGAUAAAUUUAUGGUAGUUUCAUUUUCAAGAAAGGUUCUAGGACAAACAGGUGAUGGUCAUUUUUCACCAAUAGGUGCCUAUAAUGCUCAAGAGCGUAAAGUAUUAAUUUUGGAUACAGCACGUUACAAAUAUCCUAGUUAUUGGUGCCCAAUUGAAAUGCUAUUUGAGUCAAUGAACCCAAUUGAUAAGGAAACAGGUCGACCUAGAGGGUAUUUUGUGUUAAGUUAUGAUGUUGAGAAUCCACCUGUAAGUCUUUGUAAGGUAAAGCCUGAGGCAUGUACAGUAAAGAAAGAAGAAGAACAACAACCAGUCAAGUCGAAUAAGCAAUUGAGAGAAGAAGCAAAAUUAAAUUGGUCAACGAUUGCAAAAUCAUUCUGUCAACGUAUACCAGAAAAUUUAUGGUUAGAGAAACCUAGAACUUUAGAACAUGUAGUUAGAUUAGUACUUCGAAAUGUCCCAAAGGAAUAUACGACUAUCCUUGCCAAUCAAUCGCUUGCUUCUUUUAAUGCAACUAAUCCAGACAAAAAAGCAGAGAAGUACAUUAAUGAGCUAUUAUAUGAUACAACCAAGUCACCUUUAUAUCCAGUCGUGAUUGAUGCCCUUUAUCCUGAAAGGGAGAAUCAUUCUUAUACCCCUAUUGAUUAUAAUGCCGCAUUUGCUACCUUGUUCGUGUUAGGAUCACCGCGCAUGUUGUACACAUCAUUACCUAAAGAUUUACAGGAUCGUUUGGAUAAAUAUAGAAGGGAUGAAAGUAUGUCUACUAUUAUGAAGCAUGAAGUACAACGUAUAUCAAAUGAAGUUGUUGAUUUAACUACUGCUUUUUGUACCUGUGGACCAAACUGGACGUUACCAGAUCCUUCAAGUAAUGAUAAAAAAAGCUGCUGUAGCAACACUAGAAGCUUACUAGAUUAAUAUUCUUUACAUGCUUUAUUUUGUAGAAUUGUAUAUCUCUUAUAGAAAACGUAUUAUAUUUAUAUUUAAUAAUAAAACAAAAAAAAAAAUCUUAUUUGCGCAGAUUAACUCUA